AUGGCUAAGCUUCAUCCUUCCAACUCCUCCCAUCGCCUUAUCCUCUCCGCCCUCCUCUUCUCCACUCUCUUCAUCCACUACUCUCUAGCUGACGUUGGGAAUGCUGCCCGAUAUGGCCCUCCCUACUUGCCCACUGCAUGUUUCGGUAGAGACGUGUCACAGUUUCCGUCAAGUAACCUGUUUGGUGCGGCGGGGGAGGGUUUAUGGGACAAUGGUGCCGCAUGUGGGAGACAGUAUAAGGUGCGGUGCAUCAGCGCUGCGGUUCCUAAAACUUGCAUUCCUGGGCAGAUGGUUGAGAUCAAGAUCGUUGAUCGAGCGCAAUCAUCGGUUUCUAGGCCUUCCCUACGGGGAACUACCUUGGUCCUCUCUUCCAAGGCCUUCCAGGCCAUCGCCAACGCUUCUGCAUCGUUCAUCAACAUAGAAUACCAGCAGUAA